UGAUCGUCAUUGGAUAUAACACUCCUACUUACUGUAUACGUAAUGAAGUAAAUACUCUAUCACCUACAACUUCCUAAUUUUCAGAGGCCAUUCAGUUCCUUCAGUAAAUACUAAAAAUAAAUUUUCAGUAAAUAUGGAAAACAGAAAAAAGUCUCAAGAUGGAGCAAUUGUUAUGACAUCUUUAGAACUGGAUGGGUUUGUUUUGUUUAUUUCAAAUCUCACUACAAAUAAUGAUCUUAUGAAGUUUUCAGAAACUAUAUCUUCUAAUCCUCUUCAUCUUUAUGCAAAAUUACAAAAGAUAAAAAAUUCAAUGGAGGCUGAAACAAUACUUGUUGAUACCAUUUUGUCAAAACUAAGAUUUUCGGAGAUUGUUGCGACACUGUACAAUAGUGAAUAUAGCUAUAUUGCAGAGAUAUUGUUCUGUUGUUAUCUACACUGUCAACGGAAAGCAUCUAUUAUUCGUAUGAACAAGACACAAACAGAAAACCGAAGAAAAAUAAGUUUAUAUUUCAGAGAUAUCAAGAAACUUGUACAUGAUAUAGCAUUCAAAAAUCCACAUGCAGAUGUAAACAGACUCAGUAAUAUAAUGAAACAGAACAUUGAAACAGAAACAAAUCCCGUCCGAAAGAUGUAUCUCUGUGACAAAUAUACUGCUCUUAAAGCAGCUGAAAUGGAUGCUCUAAUCAAUAUCAGGGGUCGUGUAUCUCCUGAUCAUGAAGGUUAUGUUGAAAUGGAGUCUUACAUAACCAGUACAUCUACUCCAUCUAUUUCCCAAGUUAUACUGUAUGGUCGUAAAGCAGACGUUCUUUCAACGGAUGGUCGUUUUACAGAGGGAGAGGAUUUACUUAGAGCAGCAUACGUAGCCGCCGAUAACAGUCUUCCAUGUGUCGAAAUCACGGACAUGAUAUAUAAAAAUGUUGUUUUUAAGCUGUCUCAGUUUGAACAAUCUCCAACUGAAGAACUUCAAAAAUCUUUAUUUUUAGAAGCCAGUCGGGGUAUUUGGUCUUUAAACGAGGAAUCAGAUGACAUGAGAGUAUUUUGGAAACGUUUGUUUAUUCUGAGAAUGUCAUUCUGUCUGUUAGGAAUAGGCAAACUUUGUGAAAUGAUUAGUAGCUAUGUGCCAACUGCUAAAUCUAUUACAGAGGCAGAACGGCUUUUAGAAUCUGAAGAUUUAAAAGAUAUGGAGCAUAGACGAAUGAUGUUUUAUUAUAUAGCCAAAUCUCGACUCAAUCAAUUUAAGACUGAUGUUAAGGAGUCACGAAAAUGUCUCCAAAUGGCACGGAUAAUAGCAAAAGAAGGAAAUUACGCCGAAGACAAAGCGCUAGAAAAAUAUCAAGAGAAAAUAGGAUGUUUCCAAGAAAGAUCGUAUUCAUCUAAUUGCAGUUCUUUUGAUUCUGUUUCUGAGACAUCACCAAUUGUUGACCAUGUUCCAUCAGUUUCAAUAAGCUUUAAUUCGUUGGAAUUUAUUGAUGAUUAAUCAUAAAUUUUAUCUAUAGUCUAUACGAAUGGUAAAUAUAAAAAAGUUAAUUUGUUAAAGGUUUAUAAAGUAAGCGUUUCAUAUAAUAAAUGAAGUAUGCGAAUGCA